UACAACACGUAACGCAACUAGCCAACUAUCCAAUAUCCAAAUUCUAUGAACUGUCUUGUAAAAAAUUAAAAAUUAAAAAAUCCUUUUUUUUUCGGGAAAAAAAAAAAAAAAAAAAAAAAAUCCAUCAAGUGUACAACAUUAGUAUAACAAAAUUAAUUACUAAAUUAAUUGAGAUGCAUAAGUUUUUAUUAACAUCAAAAUUUCCAAACACCAUGAUUUCUUCUUCUUCUAUCACCAGAUUCCACACUAUCUCCUCCUCUGCUACUGCAGUUCGUACUUCAAAGUUUCUUCCUCAAUCAGAUUCCAAAAGCUCCAUUUUUUUCAAACCAAAUCUUCCUUCAUAUCAACCCAUGUUGAAUAACAAACGAAAUUUCUCUGUAAAAAAUGAUUCUUCAUCAAAUUCACAAACUGGGUCUCAUGUUUCUCCUUUUCAGGGAUCAGAAUCAUUUUUCAGAAAUGUGCUGCAAAGUAUGGAGACUGUCUAUUUGAACAGGAAUCCAACGGCAAAACGGGUCUUGGAGCUUGUUCAUUCAGCUGGAAAUGAUCGGAUUUGUUAUGAUCAUUUUGCUUUUCGUACUUUUGGGGUGGAUGGUCAUGGUAUCGAUUCAAUGGCUAAGGUCUUUCUUGAUUUUGGGUACAUCCAAAAGGACGAGCUGAGAUUUCCUGGAAAGAAGUUGAAAGCUUAUUGGUUCUCCCCUCCCACAGUUUCCUAUGAGGGAGGCAGUGGUGUCAAUGGACCUUUGCCUAGGGUGUUUAUUUCCGAACUUCUUGUAGACCAGAUGAGUUCUGAAGCUCAGGAAAUAAUCAGAAAGUACACUGGGAUUUCAGGAAGUGGAAGUAAAUAUGCAGCUCUUGCCAGUGCACACGGGUCAUUGACCUGGGACAAACCCUUGCAUUCCGAAUUUCAACAAUUAGCUAGAGAAAGCGAAUAUGCUGCAUGGACACUAGUUAAUGGAUAUGCCUUGAAUCAUGUCACUAUUUCCACUCACCAACUGAAGUCAAAUUUGAACAACAUCAAUCGCCUGAAUCAGUUCAUUGAAGAGAAUGGAUUCAAGCUGAAUUCUGAAGGAGGGACUUUGAAAGUUAGUCCUGAUGGUUUCCUGCUGCAAAGUUCAACAGUAGCUGAUUCAGUACCUUUCGAAUUCUCUGAUGGUACGAAAGAAUCAGUUCCAUGUUCAUACAUAGAGUUUGCUGAAAGGCUUGUGCUUCCUCAGUACAAAAAUUUACCUGAUGAAGAGGUCAAGGAGUUCCAUCGACGUGAUGGGUUUGAAGUUGGUAAUGCUGAUAAGAUAUUUGAGAGCACAUCCAUGGAGCAACUGACUCGAAAGGCUGUUUAGAAAUGUGACUUUGAUUACUUUGUAUGUACAUAGGGCCGAUAGGGAGUGAUAUUUGAAUAAUGUCAUGGUAUAAGACAUUUCUAAUCCAAUUACUAAAACCAAAUAGGAGCUCCUCUGAACAUUUUAAAACUUUCAAUACUAUCACGGGCGUUGAAAGCUCCAAACUCAGAAUGGCAGUUGUUACAAGACAACAAAUAUAUCAAGGGGGAGCUUUACCUUGAGUACUUUAGUGACUAAUAAUUAUGAUAAAGUAUAGUUAUGUACUCAUGUUGAGACUUGUUAGAAAUUUAGAAUUGUCUUGAUGUAUAUUUUCACAUUAUCAACUUUUCAUAAUAUUUACCUAUUGGUAAAUAAAAUAAAUGUAUCAAUUUAAAAAGAA